AUGUUUCCGGAAGCUCGGCUGGGCACGGGGAACCCACGGGGAAUCCAUGGGGAAUGUUCUGAACGAGGUAUGGGGGACUCCAAACGUCAGACGGUCCGCACUCUAAGCGCCGAAGGACGGGCGUUUGUGCACCACUGUGGAUGGCAGCUGCUGGGUGGAUGCCGAAUGCUGCUCGGGCAGGGCCCCUUGAGCUCCUUGCAACGCCAUGGGCCCGCCAAUGAGCCAUUGGACGGCAUGAACCAUGGCCUUUUGUUGGUCAUAUCGCAGUUGUGGACGGUGGGCGACGUGGUGGAGGCAGAACUGGGGAAGCGCCGUGUGCUGGGCGAAAUCUGCCAGCUGAUUCAGGAUGAACAGAAGGAAUUGAAGAUGGUGCUGAGACAUCUGCUGGGGCGUUCUGAGAUGGAGCUGAGAAACUUGAGCAGGGAGGCCAUUCAAGAACGUGAACUGGUGGACAGCAAAGAGAUCCUGGAGCUGCCCCUAGCGACGCUCUUGGAGAAGGUCACGGUGCUCACGGAAGAGGAGUUCCUGGAAUUCAUGGAGGAUGAAACCAUCGAUUUGGCCUCGUUGGGUACACGUCCGUUCUUCUGCCGACACCAACUGGAAAGCAGUGAUUCACUGUGGUCGGCUGAGUGGAACGAUGAAAACCGCAAGAAGCGCCGGCAGGAGGCUUUAAGACUCUUUCGUCCUGACGAGAACGUGGUUUCAAAGGUGCCACUGGCUCCCACGAACCCGAAAGAACUGCUGAUGCGAGCUGCAACCGCCUUGAAGGCGGGCGCGGCCAAUGGAGACUUGCCGGGCCGGGAGACGGAACAGGAACGCGUCAUGGACUUCCUUCGUACCUCUGUGAAGGAUGGAGGCCGAAAAGAGGUCCUCUAUGUCUCUGGUGUCCCUGGCACUGGUAAGACGGCCUCGGUCCUGGAAGCUGUGCGGCGGCUGCAAGCUGCCAGGAAGCCGCAAGUUCAGUCAGUGUAUGUCAAUGCCAUGUGCGAAAGCCCAGAGGAUAAGAAGAUUUUUGGCCAUGGGUUCACGGGAGGCUUGUCUAAAGUCGCGAACCGCGACAUUGUCCUCGCCGCUGUCGCCAACGACGGAUUUGCCGUUCGCCAUGCCUCCGAUGCCUUACGAGCAGACCGAGAGGUGGCCUUGACGGCGGUGCGCACCAACGGCUCGGCGGUGCAAUACGUGGCCGGCUGCCUGGCUGAGGACCGCGAAGUGGCCCUCACUGCCGUUCGCAGUAGUGGUGCUGCUUUGAGGUACGUGGUGCCAAAGUUUAGGAGCGACCGCGAAGUGGUCCUUGAGGCCGUCCGCAGCUAUGGCCAGGCGCUGAAAUUUGUGGACGAGCAGCUGCGCUGUGACGAAGACGUGGCGCUGGCGGCGGUGACCUCGGACUUCACGGCCUUCCAACACGUGCCGCUGGCGUUGAAGGCCAAUCGGCUCAUCGCCCUGGCGGCGGUGAAGCAAAGCGCACGGAUCUUCAAGAGCCUCCCGGAAGAUGUCAAGGCGGAUCGCGAGGUAGCUUUGGCAGCGGUCAGCAACGAUGGAUUCCUCCUCACCCUCAUCACGCCCAAGUUGCAACAUGAUCGUAAUAUCGUUUUAGCUGCGGUGAGCAACAGUGCGGUGCUUGCUUAUGCAUCGGAAGAGAUGCAAGGAGACCGGGAGAUUGUGCUGGCAGCGGUGCGUCACGAAGGCACCAUGCUCCAGUUCAGCUCAGGAAAAUUGAAGUCAGAUGCAGAAGUCGUCUUGACUGCGGUGAAGUGCAACGGCUUUGCCAUCAUUUAUGCAGAUGGAAAACUUCGAGCUUGCCGAGAGGUCAUGCUGGAAGCGGUCCGCAAUAGCGGAUCGGUCUUGCAGUGGGCUCCCGCACAGCUCAAGGAAGAUCUACAGGUGGCACUGGCAGCAGUGGCCAGCAAUCCGGCAGCCACAAAGCCUCUUGGCUGA